AUGGCGGUCGGAACCCCAACCGAAUCAACCUUCCAGGAAGCCUUACGAGAACAAAAUGACGAGAUAGAAUUGCCCACUCGCACGAACGCGAAAGGUGAAGCACAACGUCCGUGGCUCGACAAGAAAGAUCCACGAGAGAAGUGGGUGACCAUCAUCCCCCUUCUCGGGAUUCUCGUUGGUCUCAUUCUCAGCGGAAUAAUCGUGUACGACGGCUUGCAAACGGUCCAGCAGAACUCCUACUGCCCAAUCUUCGAGGUGGACUUUGCCACUGGCACCUUGGAUCCCAAGAUCUGGACAAAGGAAGUCGAGGUGGGAGGAUUUGGAAAUGGCCAAUUCGAGGAGACCACCAACACCGACGAGAACGCCUUCAUCCAAGACGGAAUGCUGAUCCUCAAACCCACCCUCCAAAACCCAAGCCUCAUCAUCAUCAACAACACCCUCAACCUCACUCAAGACGGCAGCUGCACCUCCACCGGCUGGGCCAAUUGCGUCGCCAUCACAAACACCACCAACGGCACCAUCAUCAACCCCGUCAAAUCCGCCCGGCUCAACACCAAAAAAGGCGCCUCCAUCAAGUUCGGCCGGGUGGAAGUCGUCGCCAAAAUCCCCGCCGGCAACUGGCUCUGGCCCGCAAUCUGGAUGCUGCCCGUGAACAACACCUACGGCCCCUGGCCCGCGAGCGGCGAAAUCGACAUCAUGGAGUCGCGCGGGAACAACUACACCUACCCGCAGGGAGGCGACAACAUCGUCUCCUCCACGCUGCACUGGGGCCCCGACCCGGACAACGACGCGUGGUGGAUGAACAACGUCAAGCGCGAGGCGCUGCACACGACGUGGAAUGCCGACUUCCACACGUAUGGCCUGGAGUGGAGCGAGAAGUACAUCUUCACUUACAUCGACACGCGCCUGCUGCAGGUGCUGUACACGCAGUUCAACAAGCCCUUCUGGCAGCGGGGGAACUUUCCGCCAGCGGCACCCAAUGGGACACGCCUGGUGGAUCCGUGGAGUCAGACGGGCCGAGAUAGCACGCCGUUCGACCAGGAAUUUUACUUGAUUCUGGACGUCGCGGUCGGCUCGACGAAUGGGUGGUUCCAAGACGGGGUGCAGGGGAAGCCGUGGGUGGAUGCGUCGCCGACGGCGAUGAAGGAGUUUUGGGAUGCAAGGUUCCAGUGGUAUCCGACUUGGCAGCAGCAGGGGGGCGGGGAGAUGGCGAUUAAGAGCGUGAAGAUGUGGCAGCAGAAGGGAUAUAAUGGGUGUUGA